ACAGACUUCAUUUGGUCCAUUCCGGAUAAAAACCGCACCAGUAGCCUUGGUCUAAUCCACACUAGACGCGUUUCGGAACGAAGUUCCUUCCUCAGUAGUUAAAUGUGGAAUUCCCGUCAAACGGCAUCCAAGUACAGAGCUUACCGCAGCAAGGACAAUCUUUGAACCUGUCCGGUUCCAACAACUGAGCUCUGCUUCAUUUACACACAACAUCAUCUGGAAACAUGAUACUCAGACUUUCAUUCUUGUUGGCUAUGUUAUAUCAUGGAUAUCUCAGUGACCUAGAGGAUUCUAACAUUUUCCCAAAGCUAGUAGCAUUCCCUGACUACCAUGGUUAUGUAAUUGGGGAAACUAUUUCAUUGACAUGCUUGGUUUCUGAAGAAAGCAGAAAUGAUUCAUCUGUAUUUUAUAAGGACUCUGCCAUCAUCUCACAAAAUAAUUCAUCAUACAUGUAUAUCAUAUCAAGACUGGACAACUCACAUGUAGGGAUUUACAUGUGUGAAACAAGGGGUAGAAAAAGUAACGAGAAAGCAAUCCAUGUGUAUGAGCCUCUACCUCCGCCAUUGAUUUCAUCAGAGCAGCCAAAUAUCCCAGGAAUGCCUGUUACUAUGAAAUGUUCUACUCCUGGCCUCUCUGAAUGGAAACAGAUAAAAUUUUAUAGAAAUGGAAUGGAAAUCUUUAUGGCAACAUCCUUUUUAAAAAUGGUAAUCGAUGAGAUAAGCAUCUCUAUCCAAAGGACUGAUGCUGUAUAUUUCUGUAGCUAUCAAGUACAAAAACUUGGAAGGCUGAUAGAUUCAAAGCCAAGUAAAAAUUUGCACGUGAGCAUAUUAGACUUUACAGAGGAAAGCCCAUCCACAGUUUCAAACAUGCCAACAUAUCAAACAGACAGAGAAAUUAUCACAAAGACACCAAGUGAUACCACAGAAUAUUCAACUUCAGCUUCAGCCUCACAGAUGACUACAGAGCACACAGGUGAAAAAUAUUCAACUUCAGCUUCAGCCUCACAGAUGACUACAGAGCACACAGGUGAAAAUACAUCAACCAUUCAGAGUUAUACAUUAUUACAAUGGACAUACCAAACCAACUGGAUCAAUUCUUCUUCCAGCGAUAACGAUGUGUCACUUACAUGGAUUUAUUACUGCGUUGGCGGCCUGCUCAGUACAUUAAUGGUGGUUCUGCUGAUCUUUCUCUUAUGCAGAUUUAACUUACCAAUGAAGCGAAAGAAGAACAGACCCAUGAAAACAUCAUUUUGGAUGAAUUAUAGCACCCGUAGGAAAUCAAGGAAGGCAACGCCAUCAUUUCAUAUACGAUCGAUCAUCUAUGAGAAAGAGCAAAACCCGUAUGACCGACCUGAUCAAUGUACAUCCUUCAUGAAUUCAUCAUCUUCACUGAAACCUUCAAAUAAUCAGGGGGCAUUUGGUCAUGGUGUAGACCUAGGCUCAAAUAUCUAUGAUAUUGUGCAGGAACCUGCUCCUAUUAGUUCAACAUAUGUUACAUUAGAUCCUCCAAAAAAUGUAUAGUCUUCCUCUGUACAAAUCUACUCAUCAGUACAGAUGCCAUUGCAUAAAAAAAAAAUCUACUAUAACCAGUGUCGUAUUAGCAUAUCUUAGGUCAAGGUUUCUCAACUCUGGUCCUCCGGACCCACCUACCGUUCAGGAUUUGAGAAUAUUCCACAGAAUGAAUACCUGUGGUAAGUCCUGAUGCAUGGACACUAAUUAUACCACCUGCUCAAUACUAAGGAAAUCCUGAAAACAUGACUGGUAGGUGGGUCCCGAGGAUUAGAGUUGAGAAACCCUGCCUUAGGUCCACCAGAUUAAAUGACGUUAACUUUUAAUUACAUUCCAAAUUAAGCUGUAAUUAUUGUGUAUACAGGUCAUAUCAAUUCUAAAUGUUAAUAUUUUAUAUGUUCAAAAAGGCAUAAAAAUUACGGUGG